UUGCUGCUGGCGCCAGCAGCCGUGGUUCUCCCGGGUACUGGAGCAUGCCACCCACUAGGGACCCCUUUUCAUUCCCUAACUAUGAAAAUGAAGACACCUACAAUGGCAAGAACAGCAGUUCCCAGAAAGUCCCCUACGCUGUUCCCACCCAUCUUGCCCAGCAGCGAAACCCCUGGAAUAGACUACAUGCAACACCCACACUAGCAAGCAUCAGAAGAGAAGUCUGGUAUGCAGAACCUGAGGUUUGCAGAGACAGUCUGGAUUUUAACCUGAGCUCUCUGUACAAUCACCAUGAAGACCUACUUAAAGACAAGAGCAAGGUAGUUCUCCAUAGAGAGACCCUCUUUGAUGAGCACAGAGUCUCCACACACUGCAGCCACCAACAGUGGAUACUCCCGCAAAGAGAAUGGAGGGAUCUUCUAUCAUUAAGGAUUUUGCACAAACAUCCUGCUGCUUUAAUCCUUUCAGCUUGCAUUCACUUACACCUUUCACUCUUUGUUGUUUGCUUUGCUUUUAGAUCCUUCAUUAAACCAUCCAGCGUCAAUAAAUUCCAGUAAGAGCAAAGCUAUACUGUACCCCAGUGCUUAAAGAAAUGAGCUGUUUCUUGCCUAUGGGCCAAGCCCAACAUUUAUCAGGCCUCAUAAGUUCAGGGUUUUGGUUAGGGAUUGAUUCAGUCUGGGCUGAGGUUUGAAGAGACCAUUUCAAUUGAAUCAUCUAUUCCCAUUUAAUUAAACUCUAAUCUUACCUAAACCAAUCUAAUUUUGAACAAGCCUAUCUACAGUAAAGUAGUUAAAUAAAGGCCACAUUUGUGG